AUGCCCACGAAAGCCCAUAGACCCAGCGGCCUCGUCCGCACGCACUCGCGGACGUCUUCUGGAGGCUCUUCCAAGCCCGGUCUCAAUUUACAGAUUACCCAGAAGGACCCGCCACCUCAGAAAGUGCCUGAUAAAGCGAAGAAGUCCUCCCACUUCCAUCACGAGUCCGCCGCACGCGUCGCGAGUGCCCAAUUUCUGCGUUCAAACAGUGGGAUCCGCGUACAUUCAAGAGAGAACCUCCAGCCCGCGGCGUUACGUCGGGCGCCCACCCCCAACGGAGUCACGAAGCAGAACGGGACACGACAGAAGGCAGACUUUUCCAUCUCAAGCCCGGACGAGGGUGAAGAUGAUGACGAAUGGGUGUCGAGUGAAAGCGGCGCCGCGACCCCCAACAACGAGUCGGACGUGGAGACUACGCCGAUCGAGCAAUCCAGCAAGCACCGCGCUGCCGCUCAGCCCGCGCCUCAGCCAGUCCAGCAGACUCAGGCGAACGCCACGGCCGGUCACGAUGUCGCUACUCCGAAGGCCGCUCCUCCUUCUUUGCCUCGUGUUGAUACCGCGCGGCCGUCUCUUCUCUCUCUUGCACCGAAUGCGCGCGAUUUCGCCCCUUCCCAGCAGCAGAUGCCGCAGGCUGAUAUCUCAUCGAGACCGCCACAGAGGCAGCUACUAUCGCAUACCCCGAAGGAUCAGCAGCGGCCGCAGUUGGAUAUCCAGAUCUCAAGUGCCACCCCUCCUGUGGGCAAAGCCCGGUCAGAGACACAUUCGCCCCCACGUCGUUCUCCAGACAUCGAGAGCUCUAACAAACGCCAGUCCAUGACCCGCCCUCCCUCCACUCACUCCAUUACCUCGACGCACGCGCUAAGACCACAUCCACUCAUCCGCGGGCAUUCUUAUGGGCAAGGCGCGCUCGCGUCAAAACCUGCGCCUUUGGCCCCUCUAGCCACAGUAAUACCGGACGCUGCUUCUGGGCAGAUGUCAACAGCAUCCUCUUCUCCUACUAGUCUCCGCGCCGGCUCCCCUAUCAGCAUCCGAACAGCGAGUGCAUCUACAAACCUAUCCUCUCCCUCCUCUUCGUCCCCCGCUCACAAGCAGCUCCGACGCACCUCGACAUCUUCAGUUGCAUCUAGUGCAACCAUGCCCGUGCAAUCCUCCCUCACCGAGAAGCGUUCGAGCCGAUCUAAUCACGAUCGACAGCGGACGCUCUCUACCAUGUCUUCUAGCUCUUCUAUCGUGGCACUCACGAGUUUCACGCUUCGAUCGACGCCGUCUCCGCCACGUACCCCCAUCACAAUCACCACUCACUUCCCGCCGCAGGAGCAGAACGCCGCACUCGAGACGAUUCACCCGCUAUUACCGCCACCAUACCUCAGCGCACAUCUCACUGUACUAGCAUAUCGCAACCCGAUCGCGGAGUCAUAUGAUCGGGUCAUACGCGCAAAACAGGGCAGGUGA